AUAGGUCAACGAUGACAGUUAAGAUGGCGGCUUCCAUGGUGGAGCACGGAGAGGAUGCGUUUAGGAAAGCGUUCAAGUUUUACAAACGGAGAAAUCCUCCUUCGGAUUUCAGUGAAGUCGUGGAUUUUUCAAAGAAAGCAAGUAAUGAGCUGGUUUAUGCAGCUGAACUGAACCGUGGCUCUGUUAGCGCAGAAGCUGCUUUCAAAGCAGGGCUUCAGCCUGUUAAAGACUGGAGAGCAUUCGGUCUUAAGGGAUAUCCAGGAUUUCUCUUCAUCGCCAAUCCCUUUCUGCCCGGUUCACAGCGCUACUGGGUAAAACAGUGUCUGAAGACCUAUACACAGAAGCCCAAUGUGUGUAACCUGGACAUGCACAUGUCUCCUGCUGAGACGCAGAACAUCUGGGAGAAGAGCGUUGACACCAUUCGGAAGAAGGGGCAGAGGGAACCGAGGACUCUGCUGGAGAAACUCCGCUGGGUGACUCUGGGUUACCAUUACAACUGGGAUACUAAGACCUACUCUCCUGAUCACUACACUCCUUUCCCUGAGGAUCUCCACUCUCUGUCCCACAAAGUAGCCGCGGGUUGCGGUUUUCCCGGCUUCAAGGCGGAGGCCGGAAUUCUGAACUACUAUCGCUCCGACUCGUCCCUUGGCAUCCAUGUGGACGAAUCGGAGCUCGAUCAUUCUCCUCCUCUGGUGUCUUUUAGCUUCGGCCAGACGGCUGUCUUCCUACUGGGCGGGAGUAGACGUCAGGACCCGCCCACUGCCAUGUUCAUGCGCAGCGGUGACAUCAUGGUGAUCGGUUCCAGUCGCCUGCUGUACCACGCUGUACCCUGCAUUGUUCCUGCCCCUGCUGGACACCCCCUGCCCUCCUGCCUGGACCUGCCAGAUAAUACGGAUGAAGCGAGAGAUGGCAUCAUCAAGGCUGUGUGUGGAAAGGACUGGGAAGUGUGUUCUACUUACCUCAAGACCUCUCGUAUAAACAUGACGGUCAGACAGGUCCUAGGUUCGGGUCAGACCUUCCCCAUAAGACCCACUGUUACAGGGACAGAACAAUCCAGAAGUAACCAUGAGGAAGAGGAGAGUCAAAAGGCAAAGAAGAGGAAAAGUGAAUCAGGAUAUAACCAAGAUUUAUGAUGUUGCAGUUUUGGAUUUUUAGGGGUAUUUAUGUGGGUGUGGGUAUGUGUGUAAAAUAAAUAGAUUCUAAUCAUUUA